CGCUAAGCCGGGCAGGAGCGGAGUGUCUCAGAGGCUGCGCUCCUUGCAGAGCCCAAGGACUUACAGCUUCCUCCACCGCUGCCUUCCUGGGCCAACGACCCCCCAAAAGUUGUGAUGCUUUUCUUCACCCAGUGCUUUGGGGCUGUGUUAGAUCUCAUUCAUCUCCGGUUUCAGCACUAUAAGGCUAAACGGGUUUUCUCCGCUGCUGGGCAACUUGUCUGCGUCGUCAACCCCACUCACAACCUAAAGUAUGUGUCCAGCCACCGCGCCGUCACCCAGAGCACCCCGGAGCAAGGCGGUCUCCACCCUCACCACCUCGCCCACCACCACUGCCACCAGCGCCACCACCACCACCUGCGCCCCCACGCGCACCCCCACCUCCUCCACCACCAGGAGGCAGGGCUGCACGCCGCCCAGGUGACGCCCUGCCUGUGCACUUGCCCCUUGUUCUCCUGCCAGUGGGAGGGCCACCUGGAGGUGGUGGUGCCCCACCUGCGGCAGAUCCACAGGGUCGACAUCCUUCAGGGAGCUGAGAUCGUCUUCCUGGCCACGGACAUGCACCUGCCCGCGCCGGCUGACUGGAUCAUCAUGCACUCCUGCCUCGGCCACCACUUCCUGCUGGUGCUGCGGAAGCAGGAGAGGCACGAGGGGCACCCCCAGUUCUUUGCCACCAUGAUGUUGAUCGGGACGCCCACCCAGGCCGACUGCUUCACCUAUCGCCUGGAGCUCAACAGAAACCACCGGCGUCUCAGGUGGGAGGCCACGCCCCGGUCCGUGCUGGAGUGCGUGGACUCGGUGAUCACCGACGGGGACUGCCUGGUCCUCAACACCUCGCUGGCCCAGCUCUUCUCCGACAACGGCAGCCUCGCCAUCGGCAUCGCCAUCACCGCGUCCGAGGCCCGGCCCGCGGAGGCCGAGACGUGAGGCUGGGCCACCAGGCGCUGCACGCAGCCACCCCGCCAGGAGCUCUGCCUGUGCCUGGGACCUCCGAAGGCCAGGACCCCAGACUCCUUUUUAUUCUUCUCCUUCCUCCUUUCCUUUCUUUCUUUUUUUGGUCUCAGGUACUUUGUGGUAUUUAGUAUCCGUCUGCCAUGGGCACUGUAUUAUGUAAACGUUCUGUGAUUGAAGCUCUUGGUGUGAUUGAUGUCUGUCCUGUUUUGUUGGUAUCGUUUUCCGAACGUUUGUGAGAUUCAAUCAGCAUAGUUCUUUCCCGCCACCCCCCAAUUCCUGUCUCCACUGCUUCUGAAAUGAGCAAAAGCCACCAAGACCGUGAAGCAGACUGUUGGGGUUGAAACUCUCUUUCCAGUCUGUUUCAGAGUGAGCCGAAUGUGAAGUGUGUGCAGGCAGUGGGUUGGGGACAGGGAUCGUAUUUCAGACCAACCAGACACCACGCUGACACUUUCCUGGGAACCUCAGGGUCAAAGCUAAGCCACCUGGGCACGAGGAGGUGGUGUAUCCCCGCAGGGCAGGGACCUGGGAUGGUGGAGCAAUUGUGGGCUGGGUCCCCAGGUUGGUUGUUCCUGGGGCUCAGGAGGGUGGAAAGAUGUCAAACCCUCUUUGGGGCUUUCCUUGCCUUGUUCCCAGACUGUGCCAUCUUUUCCUGCCCUGGAAUCAAAGUCCCCAGAUUUUUGGUGCUUUCUUGAAAACCCCUUUGCCCUCUGCUGAGCAUAUAGUAGAUAAGGCUGGGUGAAAUGGGGAUGGGGGGGGGGAGAAAAGCAACAGAAAAAAGACAAUGUAAAAUUAAUCUCCCACCUCAGAGAGGGCGUUCCCCCCUCAGAGAGUCUUAUUAGCAAGUAAUAAGCUCCAUUAACCUCUUACUAAGGUGGAGGCCUCUUGCGUCGUGCAAAAGCCCCACUGUGUUCUCGACGCUUUGCAGAGUAGAAUCGGGGCUCAGCGUCAAAUGCCAAGAACUCAGAGGGCUGCACCCAGGACAUCUAGCCUGGAGGGCUGGCCCCUUGUCCCAAACUGGGGAGGUCCCCUUUCCUUUCCUCACUUUCCAAGGCCGCAUCCGGCACGUAUUAUAAGCGUUUUACCCAGCGCACAUCCAGCAUCCUGUUGUUGCAGCGUGAAUGAAAAAGCAACAGAAAUCCAUAUCGCCUCUACGUAGGCUGCUUUCUCUGGUUUGCUUGUCAGAACGAGUCAUCAAUAGCCUUUAUAAAAGCCUCUCGUGUAUUUGGAGAAAGCAAGCGUGUUUAGUCAACUCUGUCUUUUCUGUUCUAAGCUGGGCGCCUGCAAGCCUUCCCGGCAGGAUCUCUUCUCCUUCCCUUCUGUUGUGUUGGUCCCUCCCUCUGGCCGCUGUCCAGAUGCUGCAGAAGUGUGGCACCCACUCCGCAACCCACGCACACGCGCACUGGCGCUGGUGGGGCCUUUCGCCAACCAGACACUGCUCUCUGUGCCCCAUUCACUCGCCUCAGCCCCUCGCUGCAUCCUGGCAGGCUUGCAAGGGAGCGCUUAGUUGCAGGCAGAUUGCCCUGGCUGGACAUCAGCAAUCUUUUCUCCACCAAAAAUAAUUGAUCCUGAAACACAACACCCUUCCCCCAGCAACUGGGUAAUUCUCCAGCCAUUUUUGCUGCCAACCUACACCCCAAGCACUAGAAGGGAUGUGCCGGUUGAUAGAAGAUUUAAUAGCACAGCCCCUCUGAUCAUACAGUCGUGGCCAGGACCCUGAGCUAAGACAGGGGCAAUAAACAUUGUGUCACAGAUUGAUCAAAUGUCAGGCUCUGUAGUCUCAAGGAAAGGGUUGUACCCUGCUCACUCUUACAGCUCUCCAACAUCCUAUCAGGGCACCAGCUACACCCUCAAAUCACAUGGGUGGCCCAGGAACAAGGACUAACCUGUCACUGACUAGUUAGCACUGGGAGAGAUGGGCUUUCUUGCUCCCUAGACCCUUCCUCUGAACCUGAGACCCCCUGGGUGGUAAGUCUGAUAUCAAUACCUUCAGAAGCCACAGUUCCUCCCCUGGUUUCUGAUACUCUACUAUUUUGAAAGCAUUUGUAUAGCAUCACAAAUGCCCCAGAUAAGCAAAACCUCGACAAGAAUAUAAUUAAUAUUCGAAGGGCCUUGGGGCUACUGCAAACGUCACCUUUGCCUUCUUGUGCCAAGCACCUGAGCCAAAUUGGGAAUGACUUCAGGUUAUUUUCAAUGCACACAAGACUAUAUCAGGAAUAAGUAAUCCCACUUGUGUGUUGGUUCCUAGACACCUUUAUAAUAAUGAGCUGGAGAUGUGUUAUGAUCUUCCAUCUAUGGUGCUUCCAAGAAGGCCUUUCUCUCCAUAUCUACAGGUGAAGAAUUAAAGGAAAAUGUGCGAACCAACAAUGAACGGGAAAUAGAAAAUGGUAACACCAAACUGUGUGAGCUUCAUGGUCCCCAAAGGGCUCUCUUAUUUGAGUCUCAGGUUAAUCCUCAUCAGUAUCCUCAAUAUGCUAAAAAAGCAGAGGUUCCAAAACAUGAAAUGAUCUCCCCAAGGUCACACAUUGAGUGGAUGGACCACAACCAGAACCCAGAUCAACCAACUGCACACUUGGUGUUCUCAAAAUAGGAAGAUAGACCAAAAAUACUCAGCACAGCAGUGUUGUCACCUCCUCAGGAGACUGUGGGCCUGAGGAUCAACUGGGUCUUGGACCUGGGAUAGUUGUGAGAGCGGGGGGAGAAUGACUGGAGUGGAUUUGCUUUUAGAGGUGUCUCUGCUUGAACAGCUAGUCGGCCAGCCCAGCUGCAGGUGGUCCAGGGUCCCCUGCCCUGUCUGUGUCCCUUGCCCAUCCCCAGGCUUCUCCUCUUGGGGUUCCCAGGAGUCCCUGCCAGAACCCUGGGAUCUGGCUGCCAUGUUCACACCAGGGUGCUAGACCUCAUGACUUACCCUCUAAAGAGAAUUUGCAUUUUUAAAAAAGGCCUAGGGAGGCAGUAACACCUAAUAGUGGGGGAAAAAACCUCGAGUUACCAGUAUUUGAACUUCAGGCAUUGGCCAGAAUGAUUUUUUUCAUGUGUGCAGAGAGGGGCUUUCCUCCCCUUAAGGCUGAGCCUACGCAAAUGGCAGAUGUGGAGAUGGAGGUCACACCAUACAAAGAAGAUUGUCUUUGGCAAUGGUUCUGCAUGAAAUUCUACCUGGGAUAGACCCCAUCACCUCCAUGGCUACUGUGGACAUUUCAGAAAUGGAUCAGGAUAGUAAUCAUAAUAGCACUCUUGGCUACCAUUUAUUGACUUUACUAUAUGACCCAGUGGGCUAAGUACUUAGUGCAUAAUAUCCCAUGUAAUCCCCAUAAGAACCUUAUGAAGCAGGUAAUCUUUAUUGUGCCCAUGUUACAGGUGACACACUUUAAGCUAGAAGAGGUAAGACACCUUGCUCAAGGUUACCCAGCCUGCAAAUGGCAGAGCUGGGCCUGGAACCUGGCACGUCUGACUCCAGACUUCUCACUUCUGAACUACAUCAAGCAUGUCAUUUCUUGGGUCCAUGUCAUUAUGAACCCAAGACUCAGAAGGACCCAGUCAUAAAGUCUGAACGGCAGAGAGGUCUUCUAGUACUUUGAUACUCAAUAUGGCCUCUCAUUCUUUUCUCCAUCUUUUCCCAGCCCAAGAUCCCAUGGUUUACUAGGGCUGGCUUAUAUUCUGAUUGUUAAUUUUGCAGGAAUUUUGUGAGCUGAUUAUUAAUACAGUAUAGCCACCAUUACAAAUUAAAUUAUGUAAGUUUACAAUUAAAUUAUAUUUAAAGCUAAGGUGAUAAAUACUCGAAACUCAUGACUUCCUAAUUAUUUCACUACUCUGUACUUCCUAUGCUCCUGAGGUAUUUGCAUCUACUUAUCUGUAUGGUGAAUGUUUUAUAUAAUGAUGUGCUACAGAAACAUCUUCCAACUCCAUAUUUAAUGAUGUCAUGGUGAUAUCUUGAAAAUAGCCAUGGUAGGAAUAUUUACGCCAUGGAAAUUAACCAGUGCUAUAAGACAGGGCAUUCUCCCCCUAGAAUUCCAGUCGUUAAACAGUUACCAGUACAGUUGUUCCCUCAGCAUCCAUGGAGAAUCAGUUCCAGGCCCCCCUGUGCAUAUCAAAACUGGAAGCUGCCCAAGUCCCUGUAGACAAUGGUGUAGUAUUUGCAUAUAACCUACACACAAAUCCCGUAUACUUCAAUCAUCUCUAGAUUACUUAUAAUG